CGGUAUCACCGACUCUGCUUCCCUUCCUUGCUUCCCUCCUUUUCCGCUUGCCCGGCGCUUUGGUUUCCGGGCCUGGGUGAGACGAUGGCGGCCGGAGGAGCAGACGCGCGGGCUGCGGAUGUGGAGGAGGAUGCCUCGCAGCUCGUCUUUCCCAAGGAAUUUGAAAGUGCAGAAACCCUUCUGAAUUCAGAAGUUCACAUGCUUCUUGAACAUCGGAAGCAGCAGAAUGAGAGUGCAGAAGAUGAACAGGAGCUCUCAGAAGUCUUCAUGAAAACACUGAACUAUACAGCUCGUUUCAGCCGCUUCAAAAACCGGGAGACUAUUGCCAGUGUCCGCAGUUUGUUGCUCCAAAAGAAGCUCCAUAAAUUUGAACUGGCAUGUUUGGCUAAUUUAUGUCCUGAGACAGCUGAGGAAGCCAAAGCUUUAAUUCCCAGUUUAGAGGGCCGGUUUGAAGAUGAAGAGCUCCAGCAGAUCCUUGAUGACAUACAGACCAAACGAAGCUUUCAGUAUUAGAAAGAGCUUCAAGACCCUUCUACAAUCUGCACUGAAAAAAUCAUUUGUUGCUCUUGGACCAAAUCCAACUUUUUUUUUUUUUUUUUAAACCAGCAGAGAGAAUUCUAUGCGGGAUAAUACUUUGUGACCCACAUAGGAGGUGUUCAAAAAGGUGGUCACUGGAUGGUGAAUAUUUACUGUGUUGGAAAGACUCAUACAGUAAGAGCUGUAGAACUCUGGAACGUUUGGUCUAAUUAGUUUUUUAAUACUUGUUUCCAAACUUUCUGCCUUCAUCCUGGGAAUAUACAGAAUGUUUCUGAGGCUAGAUAUAGACUACAUGAAGGCACAGAUCUCUUUUUGAACAUAUGUUGCUUAAGAUAAAUAGAAAUUUUGUGUUUCUAUUACUUCUUGAAAAUUAUACUAGUAAAAUCAGGACUGAUAAAAUUGAGUGGCUUCUUGAUGUGUUUAAUCCAGAUGCAGAGUUCUUCCUUUCAAGAAUAUUUUAUACCAUUCAUUUGUGUGAAUUAAAGUACAGUAUUUUUUUAGUUGGGAGCCUGUGGUUUGUGAAUGUUCUCCACUCAUUUUUGUUGACAUGAAAGAAAAAUACUUUAUAGGGCUGGAGAGAAAAGACACUGGGAACAGACUAAAGAAGCGUAUCAGAUUAUUAAAUUGCAUACAAUAUUUUUGCUAUGUUGGUGUAUUUAUGUAAUAAAUUAACCUACUGUGUGUUUAAUCAUAUACACAGAUUGCUAUUAAUGACAUUUAUCUACAAGCAUAUGUAUGUUUUUGAGACAGAGAAGAAAAUAACACUUUUGUGCUUUUUGGAACUGUGCUUGGAAACAUACCAUCUAAUGUUUCAAGAUCAAGCUGGGUGCUUGAAUUAAUAUAAGUGGCACUUAUUUCUUUGGCAAUAGUUGUUUUAGUUGAAGUGAAAGGAGCAUGGUUAAGGUUCCUGCUGGUGGAACUGUGGAACUAUAAAGAUAGAAACAUAGUGUGACACAUGCCCUACAAUGAGACGGAAGACCACUACUGCUAUACCACUUACCCUGUAUGUGUUUGACAUCAGACAACUGUUACAAUGGAUGGGGUGUUCUCCAUCAAAUCUAUUAAAUUUUUUGAUGAGGAAGUAAUCUCUUGUCUCUUUCCUUAAGAAAGCCAUAAGAUGACUUUUCUUAUUAAACUAAUAUCAUUCCCUCAGGCUUCUGCAAACAAGCAAAAUAGAGAGGAAUGGCAACUGAGCAGACAACUGAAUUGCAAAAUAUAACCCCAGGACUGCAAAGUCUGAGCAUGAGCAGCCUGAGUGGAUCUGACUCAUCCUGGUUAAUUUAUCAUUCUACUAAAUAUUUCUAGUAGUCUUUACUCAGGUUUACUAGUGGAAUGAUAGUUUAGAAAAGCUUACACCUGGAAUCAUUUAUUGGAUCAAUCAAGUAACUAGUUACUAUUAGUGGUGUUGUUUUUUAAUCUUUGUGUGACUUGCAACUUGUCAAAAGUUGGUCCAGUAAAGACUAUCUCCGCUCUCUGUGAAACAUACCUUGAGGCUAUUGUCUUGUUAGAUGCUGUUUCAAAUGACUAGUCUAAUUCUAACAGUAUGUUGUGUCGUCGAGUCAAUGUCGACUCCUGGCGACCACAGAGCCAAGUUGUUGUCUUUGGUGGAAUACAGCAGGGGUUUACCAUUGCCAUUUCCCGUGCAGUAUGAGAUGAUGCUUUUCAGCAUCUUCCUAUAUCGCUGCUGCCCGAUAUAGGUGUUUCCCAUAGUCUGGGAAACAUAGUCUGGGGAACAUACCAGCGGGGAUUCACCUAACCAUAAUUUGUUCUGUAAUAAGUUCAAUAAGGCUUUUGUCUGAUGUGUUUGAGAUCUUGGUUCUAGCCCUCAAAAACUGUUCAUUCUAAUGUCUUCUGUUGCACAGUGACUUGUAAAUAUUAAACUCUAAAUCUCUUGGGCUGCA